UUGUUUUGAUAUGACUGUGAAUUAAAAUAAAUCAGGGAGAAUAUUUAAAAUAUUAAAGAUACAGUCUUCAGCUGUGCGCAUAUUCCUACCAAGGAUUUAGAUAACUUAAGCCCUAUCCGGGUUACAGGUUGAAAUAAACACUGGGUAAUUGAUAAUAACACAAAUGGCUCAGCUGAACGAGAAACCGCGUGUUAUUUUAGAAGAAUUUCGUGUUAAGAAUGCACCUAAUGAUUAUGGAAUGGCUGACGAAAAAUGGAAUUUCAAAAAAUUUGCAAAAAACUUUCGUAUUGUUAUCGUGCGGAUGGACAAUUUUGAAAUGGAAUUUGAUUUAAUUGGUAUACAGCCAGCAUUUGCAAAUGCAUUCAGGCGGCUGAUGUUGAGUGAAGUUCCAAGCAUGGCUAUUGAGAAAGUGAUGAUAAGGAACAAUACCUCGAUAAUACAGGACGAAGUUUUGGCACACAGAUUGGGAUUAAUUCCCUUGCGAGCAGAUCCUAGACUGUUUGAAUAUCGUCCAGAAGAUGCAACAGAUGGGACUGAGUUUAAUACUUUAGAGUUCACAUUAAAAGUGAAGUGCUCUUUGAAUAAAUCACAACCAAAAGACUCAUAUAGAGCAGAGGAUUUAUAUGAAAACCAUAGUGUAUAUUCAUCCCAUAUCAAAUGGCAGCCUAUUGGAAAUCAAGCUUCUGUUCAUAAAGAAACAGAUGUUGGUCCUGUGCAUGAAGACAUACUUGUAUCCAAGAUGAGGCCGGGACAUGAGAUGGACCUAACUCUGGUGGCAGUUAAGGGUAUUGGGAGAGACCAUGCAAAGUUUAGCCCAGUGGCUACAGCUUCAUACCGCCUAUUACCUGAAGUGACACUGACUCGGGAAGUACGCGGCAGUGAGGCUUCUUUGCUACAAAGUUGCUUUGCACCAGGAGUGAUUGGCUUGGAUUCAGAAGGGCGAGCUUAUGUACGAGACGCCAGAUACGACACAUGUAGCAGAAAUGUGUUCAGAUACGACGAAAUAAAAGAUGCAGUCAUACUAAGUAGAGUUCGAGACCAUUUUAUAUUUUCUGUGGAGUCUACUGGAGCCAUGCACCCUAGUGUGAUAUUUGUAGAAGCUGUUAAAGUGUUGCGAGACAAAUGUAAAUCAUUUUUGGAUGAAUUGAAUAAAUUUAAUUAAAAACUGUUCCUAGCA